ACGGCGAGCCCUUCGGCUGCGCCAUCUGCAUGGAGACGGUGCCCGGCACCCUCAAGUUCAGCGUCAGCCCGUGCGGCCACCCCUUCUGCCGGAGCUGCCUCGCCCAGUACGUGGCCACGAAGCUGGACGACAAGGUCGCUGGCGUGGCAUGCCCUCACCCAGGCUGCGAGGCCGGCGCCGUCGAGCCGGAGAGCUGCCGCGGCGUCAUCCCCCCGGACCUCCUCGACAGGUGGGGUUUCCUGUUGUGCGAGCUCGCGGUCGGCGCCCUCAAGAGGGUGUACUGCCCGUACCAAGAAUGCUCGGCGCUCCUUCUCGCCGACGCCGACACGAAGGAGGCCAUCGCGGAGGCGGAGUGCCCGCACUGCCACCGGCUCUUGUGCGCCCGGUGCGGCGUGCCAUGGCACGACGGCAUGGGGUGCAAGGAGUUCCAGAAGCUCGGGCAGGACGAGCGUGGCCGGAACGACCUCCUGCUCCGGCGCCUCGUGGGCAGGAAGGGGUGGCAGCGGUGCCCCAAGUGCCAGAUGUUCGUGGAGAAAUCGGAGGGCUGCAAUUACAUGAAAUGCAGGUGUGGAAACAGUUUCUGCUACCGAUGCGCAUCCAAGUUGUCAGCGGAAAACCAUUACUGCAAAAAGUGCAAGCGCUAGAGAUUUGGUUGCUUG